AUGAGCGAGGAAGAGGAGGGCGGAUAUCACCCUGCCGGACCUAUGGUUGUCACUAUUGCCUCUGACGGUAUGGAACCCCUUAACACAAAUGGAACGAACGAAAUUGUACCUCCAGAUAGCCCAAAGCGGGGAGAUCUUUUUUUAUUGAAUACCACGUUGGCAGUGGAUGGGGAAAUAGAUAUUCAAAGGACCCUCGUUGACGCAGGGACAAAGGAACCAUGUGAUGAGACUAGUGAUGCUACGGAUACUUUUAUUGUCCAGGCGGCAGCUGCUGAAGCGCAACAUACUCCUCCUCCUCCUCCUGAAAAUGGUGGAACAGAGGAAAAACAGCUAGUGAGUGAGCAAGAACCUCAAGAACAACAACAAUUAGAACAACCUGAACAGCACCAAGAACCUCAAGAACAACAACAACAGGAUGACCAGAAACAGGAACAACAGCAGCAGGAUGCGCAGCAACAAGAGCAGUUAGAACAGCAGCAGCAAGAACACCAACAAUCUGAACAGCAACAACCACAGAAGGAGCAGGAACUUAAUUCUUCCGCCCCACCUAUCGAAAAUCACAGGGAGGAGGUCUUGAAAGCCGAGGAGAGAUCUGGGGAGGACACGGAAAUGUCUUGUGAAAGGGAAACAGCCAAGCCAACAGAAGCGCAACAUGAUUCCCCAGAAGCCCAGAAAGCAGACAGCACAAGGAAUCCUGAUGUAGAAGACGAAGAGCCCAAAACGGACUUAUCGAAGAUGCCCGAGGAAUCAGGUGUUAGUGCCCAAUCGACUUCAAAUGUGAAGCCUAAAUCGAAGCGUACAAUGACUCUGCCAGCUGGAACACGCCUCACCCUGCCGUGGCAGAAGAAACAACAAUCAGCCGACACGACGGCAGACGAUCAGAAUCCGAAACAUCGAUCAAAGAGUCCCAAGCCCGACUCCUCCUCCGCCUCAUCUUCAGUCGGUCCACUCUCAGCGGUGAUGAGGAAUUUAAAGAAGGGAUUCAAGAUUAAGGUCGGAAGUGGGAAUAAGGGAGGCGAAGAACCAGCUCCAGGCAGGAUUCCCCAAAAAUCCGGACCACGACCAUCACCGAGGAUAGUUUCUAGUCUGAGCAUUACAAAUCAGGAACCGGUACAAGCUGAACCUCCUACCGAGCAGGAGUCUCCAGCUACGCGGAGGCGUAAACUGCUAGACGAGGUUGCCGACGACAUUCUCAGCGCUAUGCCCCCUUCACCAGCACCCUCAACGGAGUCGGUCAAGAACUCGGCUGAAGCCAGCUCACCCGUCUACGACAAUCUCCCCACUGAAAAUCACAAUGAAAAAGUCCAUGAGAUCCCCACGGAGGAGGAGGAGAUCUGCCCCUCGAUCGCAUCCAAACCGGUGCUUGAGAUCAUCGGACAGGCCGCCAAUGAGCAGAGGGCCCGAAAGCUGAUGGACAGUCUGGCAAACGAGGGAACCGGGAAAACCGCCGAAGAAUCGGAUGCUUCCGUUCCCAAGCCCCCUCGGCCACCGCCAGCUAGAAGUGGACAAUCUAGCCCUACAAAGUCUUCGCCACGUAAUCUCCCACCACCUCCUAGACCAAGUGCACCUCCACGGGUGCUUCAAAAGUCGUACACAAUGGUCGCGGACGGAUCUCGGUCUCCAGGUAACUCCGACAUCAUUGCUCCCACCGCGGCUUCGAAGCCAGUCUGUUCUGAGCCCGUCCAAAUGAAUGAGAACUACGAAAACUACACGACAAGUCUUGACCGCCGAAAAUUGUAUAGAAGUAAAGAAGAAACCAAAAUGGCAAAGAGGGAAACUCUCAGCAGACCCGCAACGAUGCAUGAGACAACAUUCACGGUGAAGCAUAAGGUCGCAGACCCCCUGCACCAAUCGUUUGACGAUGCUGCGGGCAGGCCGAGGGCAUGCCAGAAGGUGGUCUUCGAGAGACGGGAGACCAUCACGUUCCCCAAGCUGACGUUCGGCUCGAAGAAGAAGUCCACUCACCCGCCACCAGUCGCACGCCCUCAUUUGGCGAGCACACCAUCCACUGAGGGGCACCGCGCCAGUGCGCUCAAAUCCAUCGCUGCACCAGACGAUGUCUGCGUGAAAGAGACAGUAGGCAAUGUUCAAUGUGCCCUUCCACAGCCUGGCUCAGUGAUGACCUCCUCGAUUGGUACUCAAACAACUGUGGACAGACCAGAAGUACCGCUCACAAGUCUUCGUCGUGGAUUUAGUCCUGUCAAAGGCUCACCACCUGCAAGUCAGUCUUUCGACGCUGAAUUUGAGCUGCCGUACUUGGGCAAGCGGUUGGUGGAGAAAGUCGGCACCGAAGGUGGCCGGUCGUCGCUGAAUGCCUUUCGCAGUGGCCACAGUGUGUGGUCGCAGGAAGCUGACCAGAGCGUUGCGGAGGAGACCGCCUCAGAACAUCUGGUCAAUCGGUGUCUGCAGGAGUACAUGGCGGUCUGUAUCCGCCUCCGGUCAGCUGAUCUCCAGGGCGAAUUUGCCGCAUUUCACUGGCAUUACGGUGAUGUUGGUGAGGCUAAAUGCUUCAAACACGGCGCUCCGAUUGGUUGGCCCUCCAUCGAGGUUUACUACGAUCCCCUGCGACUGACUGACUUUGUGAAACUGGCAAGUAGCGACAAUGUAUUCCUCUUUUUAUCACAGCCACAAGUCCAGUACAGCGUGGGACACGUGGUUUAUCCGGAGCGCACCGUGGAUGCCAUGCUCGCCACUUGGAUUGACAUCGGUCGCACACACGCACCCUCAACACCCCAUUGCCCAGUAACUCCUACUGCGGAAGAAACCGUGUUUCAUCCUGCGGUCGCGAUACUGCGACUCUCAGAUAUUCUGCACGACAUCAACACAGCAGAAGAACUUCCGCCUGGCAUUCGUUCGAGUGUAACAUUGGCAGUGCUCCUCUCGGUUGACCAGUGCUCCGCUGAUCUUCAGAAUGCCGAAGACAACGUCUACCUCAACCUCGAUCCCUCAGACAUCCUCCUGCUUUGCUCUCCCGCUAAUUGUCUAGUUCUUUUCCGUGUUAUUACUGCAGAAAGCGAGAAUGAGGAAAAGAUCAAAAGUCUCCUACAGCAGCUCAACCCAGAGCACGCAGGUUCCUUAACGGAAGCUAUAAACGCUGGCAUAGAGGACCUCUCGGUGUUGGCUUAUUCGAGGUUGUCAGUUUCUGCAAUGUUUCAAGCAAUUGCCCCACCCGACUGGGUAAUGCAGGCAGUCGCGCGCACAGCCCGCGGCAAGGGGGUUACCGCGCCUCCCCUGGAGGUGACAGACUAA